UCUGUAGAUUGUGCGUUCCUUUGCGGUACACAAUAAUUUACCAGCGGCAGCGAACAACAGCAUCCUUAAAUAUUUUGAAAAUAAAUGGCUAAAUCGUUCUUGGUUAAUGCGUCGGCAGUUAUUUGAGGUAUUUCUUAACCUUGCAAUGUAACAAGUAUUUCGUACAAAUACAUAGUGCCUAUUGUACUACAUGCAUUAAAAAUGCCGCUCUUUUCUUUCGCUGUUUGUGUGUUCGUAAUCUGCAUCCGAGUUUUGGAGUUUUCAUGUCUGCCAGUUGGUGUCUACGGUGCCAGUGGAUUGCGGUACCAAGUGGACAUCGAAUUGCUGAGAUUUGAAAAUGCGCAGGGGCUGGAAAUAAACGGCUUGCCGUGUGACCCCAUGAAACAGGGAUGCGACACCAGAUUUUUUGCGUAUUUGGACUGGAUCAAACCAGACGAAGAAUGGCCGGGAUUUCGAGAUUUUGAGGAAGAUGACACAGUCUUCGAGGUGGCGGAAGCGGUGCCAACAUCGUUCGAUAUAAAUAAAAUAUUCAUUGCGCAGCUCUGCACCGGAAACCAUUCUCAAAACAAUAUUACGUUACGGGUAAAAGUCCAGGACGAUGACAGGAUUUUUCGGGGUUCCGAUGACCUUAUUGGCAACUUCAACUGCCGUUUUGCCGUAUCGCCGGAGAAAAAUGUGUAUACUGCAUCAUGGAGUGAACCCACUACGUGCGAGGCAGUGAAAUACCUUUCUAUCCAACCAACGAUAAGGCUGACAUUCAGAACUAAAAUGUUUUUCACGGAAGGAGAAUGUGUCGAUCUCGAACAUCGCUGAACAAAAAAAGAGCCGUGCGCCGGAAAAGAAGUCUCGUAGGGCUGCGUGCUGGAUGACCCAAACCGCGAAGAGUGCAAGGCUGCAAGCGCAGCAUCAUGCAGGCCAUGCACAUUGCACAUACCUAUCUGUAUGCAGUUUUAGCUUGCACACAUAUACAAUUUAAAAAUAAAUUGCAGAACUGAAAUUGAAAACAUCGCAUUGUCCUCUACUUUAAUAGAAUGUGCAAACAAGUGUGGACUGGUUCCAGAUUUCAUUGCUGUCUGUUCUAGAUUCUGGUUUUUGAAAUAGCGAUAAUUAAUCAGUGAAAUCAGAAGCGCGUCAGUUCACUGCGGAUGCGCCUUUUACGCUAAUAAAUUAUCUCUUGAA